AUGUCUGCGGCAGCCUACAAGGAAGCGGUGGAGGCACCAGCCACAGCAGCACGUCGCCGCAAAGCGGGCCGCGUAAACUACCUGAUCGAGAACGCUACCCCUGCGAUGCUGUGUCUCGUGCGGGCUGCCGAGCCGAAGCCGUACACGGCACUCUCCCCCGAAGCCCUCUACGAGGCGGUGCAGCCGCACGACCACACGCUUCGUCCAUCGCCGUUCAUUGCCCAUCAAGCCCUCAUGGACUUCUACAAGGUGUGUGAUGGCUACUACGGCGUGGACAAGGAGGAGGCGGAUGUGCAGCAGCUCACCACCUUUGAACACAAAAAGUCAUAUGGUGGGGCAUUGAGUGGGAACAACAACGCCGGCAGCAGCGGUGGCAACAGCGGCGCUGUCCUGUCGUCAUUGCUGUCUGGGUCGGUGUCCGCCGCGCCAUCGUCGUCAGUGUGUGCUGCCCCCGGUGCCCCGCCGCUUCCACCGCUCCCGUCCCCCGACGACCCAAGCCUGGCUGAGAAGCUGAAUGACUAUCGUAUCGCACAGCUGCGCCGCAAUGCGCAGCACGUGGAUAACACCGUCUACCACGCGCACAACAGCAGCGCCAUCACAGGCAACGUCGCAAACGUGGGCAGCGCUGGGCUGUGCCACUUCUACCGCACACCAGAGGGCUGCCAAAGAGGCGCGGCGUGCCCUUUCGCUCACCUGAACAAGAACGGGCAGCCGGUGAACCGCAUCACGAAGCUGUGA